UUUCCUGUGGAAAGUGUGCGGGAGGGGCCGGAGCGGGGCGGGAGCGGGGCGGGCCAAGGAGGCGGUGGCGUGGAGCUGCCUCCCGCCGGCGGGCCGGGCCGGGCCGAGCCCCAGGCGCUGCGGCGACGCCGGGAUCCUGCCUCCGCCAGGCCGGCUGCCCGGCGCCCGGAGGAGGCUACUAAGCCCCGCCGGGCCAUGGUCCCGUCUCGCAGGACGUGGAACCUGGGAGCCACGCCCUCGCUGCGCGGCCUGUGGCGAGUGGGCCGGGCCGGGGAGCCCGAGCCGGGGAUGGCUCGCCCCGCCCCAGCCAGCCCGGCCGCCCGCCCUUUCCCACACACCGGCCCAGGGAGGUUGAGAACUGGGCGUGGAAAAGACAGCCCGGCCGGCGGUGACGAGGACUCGGGCGCCCGAAGUGCAGCUCGCCCGGCCCUGGCUCAGUGCCGAGCCCUCAGCGUGGACUGGGCUGGCCCCGGGAGCCCCCACAGGCUCUACCUGACCCUGCAGCAGGCCCUGCGGGACAAGGGGUGCGAGAGCAAGAGUCAGGGGACGAAAGAAGAGAAGCCCCUGAAGAGGCAGGCGCCGGCCCCCAGGAGGGACCGGGAGGCCCAGGAAGCUGGUGGCGCCAUGAAUGUAGAGAAAACAGGUGGGCGGCCCUUUGGCAGCGGGAGGUGCUCGAGCCUGUCGGGGUCGCCCGGUGCCACCCCCGUGGUACAUAGGAUGGUGGAGGCCAUGUCCCAGCUGCGGGAGGAGAAAGCCCAGCUGCAGGAGGAGCUGGUGGCCCUGCGGGAGAGGCUGGCUGUCCGUGACAGUGAGCAGCAAGCCACGUCCACGCAGCUGCAGAACCAGGUGGAACACCUGAAGGAGAAACUCAUAAGCCAGGCCCAGGAAGUGAGCCGCCUUCGAUCUGAGCUGGGAGGCACCGACUUGGAGAAGCACCGGGACCUGCUGAUGGUGGAGAAUGAGCGACUGAGGCAGGAGAUGCGGCGCUGCGAGGCGGAGCUGCAGGAGCUGAGGGCCAAGCCGGCAGCCCCCUGUACAGGCUGCGAGCACAGCCAGGAGAGCGCCCAGCUCCGCAACAGGCUGUCCCAGCUGCAGCUGGAGGUGGCGGAGAACAAAGGCCUGCUGUCAGAGCUGAACCUGGAGGUGCAGCAGAAGACCGACCGGCUGGCCGAGGUGGAGCUGCGGCUCAAGGACUGCCUGGCUGAGAAGGCGCAGGAGGAGGAGAGGCUCAGCCGGCGCCUGCGAGACAGCCACGAGACCAUCGCCAGCCUGCGCGCCCAGUCACCGCCCAUCAAGUAUGUCAUCAAGACCGUGGAGGUGGAGUCGUCCAAGACCAAGCAGGCCCUCAGCGAGUCGCAGGCCCGGAACCAGCACCUGCAGGAGCAGGUGGCCAUGCAGAGGCAGGUGCUGAAGGAGAUGGAGCAGCAGCUGCAGAGUUCACACCAGCUGACGGCCCAGCUCCGGGCGCAGAUCGCCAUGUAUGAGUCGGAGCUGGAGAGGGCCCACGGGCAGAUGCUGGAAGAGAUGCAGUCCCUGGAGGAGGACAAGAACCGGGCCAUCGAGGAGGCCUUUGCCAGAGCCCAGGUGGAGAUGAAGGCGGUACACGAGAACCUGGCAGGCGUCCGGACCAACCUGCUGACGCUGCAGCCAGCGCUGCGGACCCUGACCAACGACUACAAUGGGCUCAAGCGUCAGGUGCGCGGCUUCCCGCUGCUGCUGCAGGAGGCCCUCAAGAGCGUCAAGGCCGAGAUCGGCCAGGCCAUCGAGGAGGUCAACAGCAACAACCAGGAGCUGCUGCGCAAGUACCGCCGGGAGCUACAGCUGCGUAAAAAGUGCCACAACGAGCUCGUGCGGCUGAAAGGGAACAUCCGGGUGAUUGCCCGUGUCCGGCCAGUCACCAAAGAGGACGGGGAAGGACCAGAGGCGACCAAUGCUGUGACCUUUGAUCCCGAUGACGACUCCAUCAUUCACUUGCUGCACAAAGGAAAGCCUGUCUCCUUCGAGCUGGACAAGGUCUUCUCCUCACAGGCCUCACAACAGGACGUGUUCCAGGAGGUGCAGGCCCUCAUCACCUCCUGCAUUGAUGGCUUCAAUGUCUGCAUCUUCGCCUACGGCCAGACGGGUGCUGGCAAGACGUACACAAUGGAGGGGACCCCUGAGAACCCAGGCAUCAACCAGCGGGCCCUGCGGCUGCUCUUCUCUGAGGUGCAGGAGAAAGCGUCCGACUGGGAGUACACCAUCACCGUCAGUGCCGCGGAGAUCUACAAUGAGGUCCUCAGGGACCUGCUGGGACAGGAGCCCCAGGAGAAACUGGAAAUCCGGCUGUGCCCAGACGGCAGCGGGCAGCUAUACGUGCCGGGGCUGACCGAGUUCCAGGUGCAGAGCGUGGAGGACAUCAACAAGGUGUUCGAGUUCGGCCACACCAACCGCACCACGGAGUUCACCAACCUGAACGAACACAGCUCGCGCUCGCACGCCCUGCUCAUCGUGACGGUGCGCGGCGUGGACUGCAGCACCGGCCUCCGCACCACGGGGAAGCUGAACCUGGUGGACCUGGCCGGCUCGGAGCGCGUGGGCAAGUCGGGGGCGGAGGGCAGCCGCCUGCGGGAGGCACAGCACAUCAACAAGUCGCUGUCGGCCCUGGGCGAUGUCAUCGCUGCCCUGCGCUCCCGUCAGGGCCACGUGCCCUUCCGCAACUCCAAGCUCACCUACCUGCUGCAGGACUCGCUCAGCGGGGACAGCAAGACCCUCAUGGUGGUGCAGGUGUCCCCUGUGGAGAAGAACACCAGUGAGACGCUCUACUCCCUCAAGUUUGCUGAGAGGGUGCGCUCUGUGGAGCUGGGCCCUGGGUCCCGCAGGACAGAGCUCGGGUCAUGGUCCAGCCAGGAGCACCUAGAGUGGGAGCCAGCUUGCCAGACGCCACAGCCCUCAGCGCGAGCCCAUUCGGCCCCUGGCUCUGGGACCACUAGCCGCCCAGGCUCCAUCAGGAGGAAGCUGCAGCCCUCAGCCUGACGGCUGGGGCUGCAGAGUCUCCAGGGAAGUCCAGGCCGUUGCCCGUGUGAUGGACAUGCCCACCCUGCCGGACCAGGGACCAGCGACUGGGUCUCCACGCACGGCUGGCCUGCCCCCGCUGCAGCGUCUGGAGCCCGUGAAGCAGAGGCCAGAGUGGAGGCGCCUCUUUGACCCCAUCUCCCCUGAGAUGAGAAACAUGUUCAGAAGGAAACCCUGUCUCUUGGCUGUGGCUCUGGGUGCAAGUGGCACAGGCUGGAAGGGCGGGCCCAGGCCAUCAGUGUGGGCCCUUGUGGGGAGGGCAAGUGUGUUGUGUGGGAGGGUGGGCCCUCGCCCGGGCUGGCCCAACCCUCCCCAGCCCGCAGGGCCCCUGCAGAAGGCACAGGAACUGUGGGAGCUGGGUGGUUGGUGGGCAGCCCUGUCCUGCUCUUCUCUGGGAGUAGAGCAUCUCGCCAGGCGUGUAUAUAGUGUUCCUAGGUGUACACAGGAGGCCUGCUCCUGCCGCGGGUCGGGCUUUAUUUAUGGCCGGCAGGAGGCCAGUGAGUGGGGAUCUUGCUGCUCCCCUCUUCUGCCUGGCACCAGGCUGUCUCCCUGCUCACUAGCCUCUUGAAAUUUUCCUCCCUCUGAAAUCCUAUUUAAGAACUUUUGGAAGCUUAGCCAUUUUUACUUAUUAAAAUAACCUUUUUACACAA